UGAGUGUGCUCACACUUUACAGUCACCGUACUGAUAAAAAUCAUAAAAUUCAAUUAUUAUUAUUAUUAUAAUUAGUGUAUUUACUAAUUCGUUCGAUAUAAUUUUGAAAUAUCUCUUAUGCAGGAUUAUUACUUAACUCAUCGAAAGCGAACGGAAACAUUUCUAAUUAUAGUGGCAAUAAUCCAGUAAUCAAGUUUACAUGUUAGGAUCUGGCGAGCGACCAGUGCUAUUCAAUGACAGGAUUGCCUUUGAAAGUGUAUGAGUUACUGUUUUACCUUUUGCCAGUGAAUCGUUGAUGUUUUCAUUGGAAAACCGGGCGACUUACAGUCAUUCACUGCAAACGUUGUCGAAUAAAGAAAACCCUUGUCGCUAAUGGCUGAAAGUGGGGAUAAUCAGUUUGAUACUACGGAGGACAGUCAGGCUGAGUCGCAGAAGACUGUAUGUGGAACAGCACGUUCGCAGGAAACACAUAAUGCUGGAACGGCUUGCGCCGUUUUCGAGGCAGCCAUUCAGCCUGAGCCUUCUGAUAGAAAUUUGGAUGCCUGUCCUCUGUGUUCCCGUGAUUUCGACAGUUUCAUGAUAUUAUGUGAUUAUUGCAAGCAGUGGUAUCAUGGGCGUUGUGUGGAUGUCGAAGAACGCGAUGCGGAUUUCAUUGAAGAUUACUACUGUAAAAAAUGCUUAGAUUCUCGAUCGUUCUUGAAAAUUACGCUGAAGGAUCCGUCCGUAGUACAUCGCAUGCAUCAGCAACAGGAGGCAGCAGCGCGACUUUUAACAACCGGAAGAGAUCCUUCCGCAGAUUCUUAUGGCCCUUUGAUGAGGAGUUCCACGAUUCUCCAUUCUGGCAGUGCGGUGAAUGAGCAUCGUACACCUCCCCAGUCGAGUAACGUCCGACGUCUACCAAAAAUGUCCGUCUCCGCUGUAAUGGAGACAGUCAGAGCGUCCCCAUGUGAGCAGCUUGUUGCUAUGGAUACAUCGCAUCAUCCCCAGGAGGGUGCACGGAUUCGGAAGAAGAAAAAAUCUAAACUUCGGGUGCUUUUAAGGCGUCAAUCUUGCGCCACAGUGAAUCCGGGAAAAACUUCUAGUGAACCACGGACGAACGUUGACAAGGUGGACCUGGGCAUGGCUUGGAAAGUCAAGACUAUGGUCAAGACUAUGUCGAAUUCCACGGCACUGCAGUCGGGAUAUAAGCGCAAACCACACAAGACCCCCGAACAGCGACGAGUCUUGCUUGCUUCUUUCGACAUAAACCGCCCGCCCCGCGGUGAUCUGUUGUCCCGAUUGAGUCUUGAGACCGGACUAGAGAAGAAGGUCAUCACGCAGUGGCAUAAUAAUGAAGUUCAGAAGAGGAAGAAGAAUGGAGAGCAGUGCAGCAGAACGCCCAAUGUAAAGAGAAUAGCAGGUAAUGUAUCAGAACGGAAUUUACUCGGUAGUAAACCUGUGUUUCGGAUUGGGGAAUCCCUUGACGCAGUACAAAAAAUCCAGAAGCACAAUGGGAAAAAUAAAUCAGUCCCGGCUGUGCAAAAAAAUCGACAGCAAAGAACCGCAACUGGUUGCUCAGCUCCUUCGCCCGGUACAUCAACCGGGACAGAAUGGGAAAGUGUUGAUAACGUGACGGAAGCAUCGGAAGCUGCUGACGAAUGUGACCCGGAGGAAUAUUUGAAUCACCAGCAGUUACCGCUGGAUGAGCAAGAUUUUGUCCCUACCAUAAUUGACGAUACGUUCAUGCGACAGGAAUGGCUGCAGCCGUUUCUAGCUGCCGCACAGCUUAAUGAUCCGUCGUGUACUCCGGAAGUUUUAGCCGCACGCAUGGCAGAUCUUGAUCUGCAGAAGCAGUGCAGAAUGGCUUUCCGAGUGGCUUUCAGCAACGAACGAGAAUGAUAAAACAAACUGGGAUGGAGACCGGAGGGUAAAAUUGGGAAUACUUGUGUUUUGCUUGUACGGUUUUCAUGGUCCACUUGAGUCGUUACACUUUUAGUAUUACCGUUGCGUUCAGCGGCAGUUGCCGAUUUAUCAGCAGCCAUUUAACUUUUCUUGCCAAAGCUACUGUUUUUUUCUCCUAUCUUUGCUUAGAUCUCAUAAUGCUUAUGUUUAAAAUCAAAUUUUGUACGGUAUUCGCGUUCUUCCGGUUGCUGAUUUUGAUUUGUUGCAGUUAUUGUGAAUUGCUAUGUUGACCAUUCUUAUUUACCAAGAACGUGGUUAAUAAGAAUCGACGGGCAAAACGUCAAGAUCGAUUGCCUUAUUCGUUUG